CUAGGGGCCCUGUCUCUUCUCUGGCUUACAACAUAGCUGUAAUUCUUGCAACCUGAAAGGAUCGAAAAAUAAAUCGUCUUACAUUAACAAAAACAAACCAACAUAGAAACAAACAAACAGUUCCGGUUUGAAGGAUGCACGAAGGAAUUCGGUCGUUCGUUUUUCUUGUACUACAUUGUAUAUUUUAUUGAUUAAUUUGUUCAUAUUUGGUAGAGGGGUCCCCUCAACUAGCUAUGAUUUCUUUCUUGAUUUAUUGUAGUAAACUUUCUUUUAUUAAUUGAUUGUCUAACUCUCCUGAGCAAUACUACACAGUAUGAAAUUGGUUUUAGAAAUCAUUUAUAGUAAAUUAAGAAAACUAUAUCAACGCGAGAGAGGAUUUAGCUACAUGUAUUCUAUUAUUAAGUGCCAAAAACACCUUUGAGCGUCUACAUUUUGAAGGAUAUUUGUUUGGUCGAGCUUGAUUGCGUGGGCUUUUCCAGACCAAUCCUGGUCUGUUACAGAUGAAUAAGCAACUGACCGUGACAUUUUUGUUUUGUGAAAAUGAUUAAUUAAUUCAAUGGUGUGAAGUAUAUAUGAAAUAAUUCAUAUUUGAAUGGUCUUGCUUCUUUUCUUAAUGGCUAACUGUAUGUUUCACUAACAGUGGCGUGUUCAAGGAGGUACAAGUAGGCCAUGAAAAUUCAAUCCCUUCAACGGAUGCAGGGAGAAAUUGAGUACUAGCUCAUUUGCUUGUUGGUUUGCUUUUGUCUCGCUUCAUUGAUUGAUUGAGUUAUGAUCAAAAGAGAUUUGCUAAACCAAAGACAUGCAAAAAUUACGGAAAAUACUGUUGCUCGACAUUUGAUUGAUUGAUCGAUCGAUUGAGUGAUUGACUGAUCCCGAUUGGUCGAUAUUUGUCCUUUGCCUGGGCCUGAUUACUGCGAAAUUGGCGUAAGGAUAAAUUCUUGCCUAAGGGAAUGAGGAAAACUUUUUAAGGGAGAUUAAGACUUGAACUGCAGUUUACCCCAGUUUUAUCGUUAAGAGAUAAACGUUACCUUGGAUAACAUACGUUUUAAAAGAUGCUUAGAUGGACACUGUUGAUUGCGCGGGCUAUACCAGAUUUCUUGGUACACCAAUUGGAAUUGGCUACAAACGAAUAAACAAUAGGUCGUGGUAAUCUGUUCCUUGAGUAUGUAGUUAAUUAGUUGUUGUUUAUCUAUCUAUUUAUUUUUUUUUUUAUUUUAUAAGGCUCCUUACUUCGAGCAGAAUUAAAAUGCCGAGAGGCUUUGCAGGUUCUGCAGCUGGAAGGAUGGCAAAGAGCUUUGGAAGUCCUAAAGAUGGCGAAUGAGUCGCUGAAAACAGUACUGAAAGAAACCAAACGCAGCGAAUUCUUCAAGCUUACUCGGAGCUCUUACCUCUUUGUCCAGGGUGAAGUAUACUACAGAGCAGGCAAUAUGGCAAAGGCCCUGAGAAUCUUGCAUCGGUCUCUGAAGAUAAUGGAAGAUAUCCUACAGAGUCACACCAGUACUACCAGAUGCCUGAACGCCAUUGGCAAUUGCCACAACAAGCUGGACAAACCAGAUGAGGCGAUAAAGUAUUAUACCAGAGCUUAUGAAAUGAGGAAGGAGCUCUCUGGCUCAAUGAAUCACUUUGACAUGCCAGUAUUUAAAGGUCAGAUCGGUACAGGCUAUGAAGGAAAAGGUCAAAUCUAUCGAAAAGAGCGACAGGACGACGAAGCAAGCAAGCAAUUUCGCAAGGCAAUCGGAUGCUAUCAAGAGGCCUUAGAGCUCGCCAAGCAACUCAAAAUCCCAGGAAUGUUAAACACAGCAUUAUUUAACAGAAACAUUGCAAACACGUACGCGUGGCUAAGAGAGUUCGAAGAAGCCUGCCAACCUGCAAAGAACGCCUACGAGAUCAGGAAAGACAUUCUAGGAAAUCAUCCUGACACUGCACGAAGUGCUUUCCAAAUGGCAGAACUUCGUCGAGGCUUAGAGGACUACGAUGAAGCGGAAGAUUACUACGAACAAGCGUGGGAGAUUGAAAAAUCCCUGGGACAAGGAAACCACAGUGAAGUUAUGACCAGAAUCAUUGACUCUUACGAGGCGUUGCUUAGAGGCGAGAAGAAGAAAGAAUUUCAAAAGGAAACGUUUGAAUUUUAUCAACGUUACUGGAACGAAGAAAAAGAUUUCGAAGGAUUUGAAUUUUCCUUGGCGAACAGGAAAGUCAUUGAUUCAAUAAACGAACGGCUUGGUGACUUGGCUGACAGGCAGACGCAAAAGAAAUAUCAACAAGAAGCUCUUUGGUUCUACGAGGGUGCAUGGAAUUCUCCAGACACCAAAAAGCUACCGUAUCGUCAGAGAGAAGGCAUUCUUCAAAACCUUUUGCGGUUGUGUAACAUUCUCCGUGAGAAGGAUCUGCUCAAAAAGUACGAAGGCGAGGCAUUCAGAUUUUAUGAAAAGCUGUGGAAAAAGAACAAGGAAAAGAUGGAAAAGCAAGACAGAAUAGACAUUCUUACCACGCUUGAAAACUACGCGACAUCGCUUAAGGACGAGAAGAAGGCCCAGAAGUAUGCGAUCUUGUUAAAGGAAAACAAACGGAGCGGUACACUUGUGGGAUCUUUUAAAUCUCUUUUCUCAUUUGGAUCAGCAGCUGAAAAGCUGUCUAGCGAUGACGAUGAUGAUUCUGAUAAAGAGGUCGAUGAUCAAGACGAUGAUGACGAUGAUGACGAUGAUGGUAGUAAUGGCAGUCAAGACCUCACUGAGCAGUUAUCACAACUUGCAGUUGAAGAGCAGGAGCUGGAGGAGCUAGAGAAUCCAGAUGAUCAAGAACCAGACAAGAUAAAAAUACACGAAGGAACAGUAACUAGCGAAGACACCCACUGGGAUCUGGAAAAGUGGGCUGUGCACAUGACAUUCCCUCGUGAUGCUGUAUCUGAGCCCACCGUGAUAGAGAUCCACAAAUGGAAAUCCACUGCUUGUUCACCCCAACUCCGAGAACAUGAAGCUGUUGUCAGCAACGUGAUUGAAAUCUCAACGAGCAGUGAUGAAGCUCUGGAGUUCCAAGCUGAGGUGAAAUUGACACUCUCUCACAGUGCGGCUGACCUGCAUGGCUAUGAACUGGUGAUAUUCAAAUUAAUUAACAAGGAGACAAAUGAAUGGGAGGACGUACGUGAAACUGAAAGAUUUCAGAGUCUGUCAGAAAUGGAAGACGAAUAUCCGUCGGCCAGAGAUUUCCCUGACUUUCACUUCCCCAUUGUGCAAGCUGAGAUAACAGAAUGCUCAACAUACGCGGUAGUCUGUCGACUCAAGUCAUCUCCAUCUUAUGACAUUACAUCUAACGGUGGUUCCUUUAACCUGCCUGAAUAUCCAAAUGUAUGCGUUACCAUCCCUAAGAAGGCUGUUGCGCCAAAAGCAAAGAUUCCGCUGCAAAUAAAGGUACACGAAAUUCCUCGUGAGGAAUUUAAAGGCCAAGAGGUUGUGGUUGGACCUAUUUUGCGAAUCUCCUGCAGUGAAGUCGUCGAGUUCAGGAAGCCCGUCACGAUCCAGUUACCAGUUUGUCUAGGAAACGAACAGCUCGACAUUCCUGACGUGUCACAAUGCCAUAUUAGAGUACUGUUUCUGAGGUCCGAGGAAGGACGAAAGGAAUGGGUUGAAAUCACUGAAGAUGUGAAGAACUCGACUAGAUUUGACGGAGAGACAGUUAGAUUCCAGGUUCAUCGUUUCUCUGGAUACGCGUGCCUUCUUGACUGGCGCUUAAAAGAUUUCAGUGUUGCUGGAGUUAUCGGGUAUCUGUCGAGCCUUAUUUGGUGCCCUCCACAGCUAGCAGUGUUCUUCGCUUACUUUCCUCCAGAGGAACGACCUGAUUCGCAAGAUAUUUUGUUCCUCAUUUGUUGUCCCUCUCACCUAAGACGGCAAGUGACAAAAGAGUUACAAGAGAAGAACAUUAACUUCCCAAGUGACGCCGACUCGGAGAAAAAGAUGAUACCGGGACAUGAUAAGGCAUAUGUUUCUCUCUCAGGGGGGAUCAGGGCACUUGACGAAGAUGACAUGGGAAACAUCCAUCUCAGGUUUGAAGGUCAUGAUCCACACCGAGUUCAAGUUGCAGUUCGGGUGAUCAAUGAUAAGGGAUUGUCUGGGGUGAAGUUUUACAGCAGCCCCAAACUUGAGAAAGAAACUUUACUGUGCAAAUUACAUUUUAGAUUGUCACCCCUCAAGAAAGAUUUUAAGACAACACCAGUGGAUUUUUUUGGCGUUCCUGUCAGCGACAAAAUACUGUUGGAGGCCAGAGCAGAGGAAGUGUUAGCCAUUGGUAAAAGAUUCGUAGAUAGCAUUACGUAUAACAGUCAUCUUCACCGCCUGUCAAGUGAAAGUGGCGAGGAAAUAUUGCAGAGUUUCUUUGAGGUUCUGGCUGGGUUGACAAGUGAAAGCCAAGAUGAGUGUUUUGAAGCACUCGUUACUAACCUCAUUGUGUAUGGGCAUGUGAUUGAUCGCCUUAAAGAAGGUAGGAAUGCAGUGAGCAGACCACUCAUAGCAAAUAACGACGUGCUCCGCACUGUGUCGGAAGAGGUUGGGCAUUGUUGGAAAAAUCUGGCGAGAGAACUAAACCUCAAUAGGGGGAGAAUUAAAACGAUUUCAGUAGAAGAGGAAGAUGACCAAGAACGUUGCUACAAGGCUCUAGAAAGAUGGUGCGAGGAAAACGGAGAAGAAGCAACGAUACGAAAACUUAUGCUUGCACUGAACAAAUCAGGUCUUGCGGACGUGAACAAAAACGUGAUGAAUUGUUUAAACCUGACAUGAAAUGUCAGCUGUGUUCACGCCCCCAACCUCAAAGAACGAUUGGAGUUUGGGUCAAGACACAAAGAGAUGGAAACUAUGGUACCUUUG